AUGUUAGACUGCAAGCCAGCAGAUACACCUAUGGUAGCUAAUCAUGGUCUACAAAUUGUUGAAGGGGCAGAAGCGGCAGACCAAGAUCGCUAUAGACGGAUAGUGGGAAAGUUGAUCUACUUAUCCCACACGAGACCAAAUAUUGCCUACGCAGUAGGGAUUGUAAGCAAGUUCAUGCAUCAACCUCAAGUGGAGCACAUGGCAGCGGUCCUGAGGAUCUUGAGAUACUUAAAAGGAACCAGUAAUAAAGGAGUUUUCUACUUAAAGAAUGAUAAUCUUGAUCUUAUUGGUUACACAGAUGUAGAUUGGGCUGGUGAUCGGGACGACAGAAAGUCUACUUCAGGAUACUUCACUUUUGUAGGGGGCAAUCUAGUCACCUGGAAGAGUAAGAAACAGAAGGUGGUUGCCCUAUCCAGUGCUGAAGCAGAAUUCAGAGGGAUAGCAAAAGGAGUUACAGAGAUUCGAUGGAUUAGGAAACUUCUAGGAGAGCUAGGCUUUCAUCAAACACAGAGGGAACAAGAAAAACUCGUGCUUAACCUUGGUGUGUUAAAAUUAAUUGGAUUGGAAGAAAAUGUGUUAAGAUUGUUGUUGGAGAAGCAUCCAGAAUUGCUUGACAAUAUAGACGAUGAGAGUGGAUACAAUGUGGUUCACCAAUGGGCAGAAUUAAAACAAAUUUGGCCUUUUAAAUAUGUCAUUGAAGGGGCUAUUACAGAUGCUAGCUCUAAGAUUUUCACAGAUCUCAUCAACUCCACUACAGAGAAGAAAACAGAGAACAAUCCAUUACAUAUAGCAGCAAAAACUGGAAUUCCUGAAAUAGCACGAGCUCUUGUACAAGGUUAUCAAAAAGAAAUACAAGCAAAGGACCAAAAAUGCGAGAUCGUGUCUCCUUGGAAAGCACGAAAUAAGUAUGGAGAGACACCUUUAAUAUCAGCUAUAUUGUCAAAAGAUGUAGAAAUGGCGUUAGGUGAAAGCCCACUUCUAUUUGCUGUUGGUCGUGCUAAACAAUGUGGACGUCUUGUGGAAGAAAUUUUUAAAAUUCAAGAUCCUCCUUUUAGUGAUUUGCGUGGCAAUGAUGGAACCACAGUGCUCCAUUUGGUACGAUGUUGUCCAGAGGAUUAUGGCAAGCGGCUUCUUGAAAAAUAUUGGUGGAUGAUGACUUUGCUCGACGAUAAGGGGAAAACUGCUCUAUCAUAUGCCAAAGAAUUCAGAGUACCAUGGCUAGUAAAUUUGCUCAAAAACCCAUCCUUAAUCCAAAAGGAACCUUUUGAUUGGAUCACAGCAUGUGAGAAAAAUGAGAAUUGGGCAGUAGUUGCCUUCAUUGAUAGUUGUCAAGAUCUCCAAAAGGUUUGCCGUGAAAAACAGGACACUCUACACCAUAUCAGAUUUCGAACUUAUGAAGAGUGCUUAAAGUUCUUGAAAAAAUCAUCGAUUGCUGAGCUUAAAAAUUCAACAGAUUUCGAGGGUGCAACACCUUUGCAUCGAGCAUUAGAGAGGAAGGAUAAACAUUUGGCUAAGGCAUUGCUCAUUGAUGACGUAGUAGAAAGAAACAUAGCGGACAAUCAUGGUACGACUGCCUUGAAUUUACUUUCAAAGCUCUGCAAAGAAAAUGAUGAAUGGGAAUCUAUGUGCAAAGAAAUCAAGAUCAAUCCACACUUGAAAACAACAUAUAUCCAAUCUCGAACGAAUUUGGAUCAAAUGAGAAACACACUAUCAGUAGUUGCAGCUUUAUUGGCGACCAUCACCUUUGCGGCUGGUUUCACACUUCCUGGUGGCCUUAGCCAAGAAACCGGAAAUGCUAUGCUAGCGAAGAGAGCAUCAUUUAUAGUAUUCUUACUAGCAGAUGUGUAUGCUAUGUGCACAUCUAUGUUGGUCAUGUAUUGUUUGAUAUGGUCCAUGGUUUGUGAUCGCGAUAUGUCAUACUUAUUGGUGGAUCGUAGUGUUUUCAUACUGAUGCAAUCACUAUAUGGCACCAUGGUAGCAUUUAUGACAGGAAUCUACACUGUGAUAAACCAUAACACCUUAUGGGUAGCCAUAGUUAUCUUCGUCAUGUGCUCUCUUGUUGGAAUAUCAGCGAAUAGGACUGUUUUGCAUACCAUAAUUUCCAAAUUCAUCCCUGCUUCAAACCAAGACAACAAAGAUCGAGGAAGUUCACGAGAACAGAGAAGCGCAUCUAGUUGUAGAAUGGACGAGUCUCGAAAUGCAGAGGGAAGUAGUAGUCAUCAAAUUCAAGAUUAUAUAGAUGAUCAUCACCUUGAAAGGCUUGAAGAGGGAAAAGCAUCUAUUGUUGGAAAUGAUACGGACUCUAAAAAGGCCAAGUGAACAUGUUGUAGUGGUCAACUUUUAAAUUUAGCUAAAGUGAUUCAGAAAAUGGUCAUACCACUUGAAUUAUAUGUUGCUCUCUUUUUUCUCCCCUUCUUUUAAACCGUAAUUUCUUUGUCAAUGAACGAUAUUAAUCUUGCUAUUACAAAAUUUUGUAUCAUAUUCAUUGCUUUAUGAAAACUAUAUCAGAUGAAAAAGACGCUUUGUUGAAAGUUGUGUGAAACAAUAAUA